AUGUCCGAACACAACUACAAGUUCAACAUCGCCAUGAGCUGCGGUGGCUGCUCCGGUGCCGUUGAGCGCGUGCUCAAGAAGCUCGAGGGCGUCAAAUCGUACAAUGUCUCCCUCGAGACACAGACCGCCGACAUCGUCACCGAAGACUCGCUCUCGUACGAAACCGUCCUCGAGAAGAUCAAGAAGACGGGCAAGGUCGUCAAGUCCGGCGAGGCUGACGGCUCGCCAAGGGACGUCUAA